CCCACACUGCGUGCACUUCUCGAUCAUUCGAUCGCUUCCCCAAAUCGCUCUCCUCUCCUCUCCUCUCCACCGCCGCCGAUCUCCUCCUCCUCCGGCGCCGUCGCCGCGUCGCCUCCCGGAGCUCCGGUGCUGCCACCAGCCUACGCAGCGCCGCCUCCUCCUCCUCCUCCGGCAUCCGCCAAUCGCCGCCGCCUGGUUCGUCGGGGAGCCCCGCGCCCUAACGUUUUCUAGAGGCGCCGCGGAUCCAGCGCGAAUCGAUCGAGAGGUAAAGGGGAAGUUGAUUUGAGUCGGCGGCCGAAGAAGGAAGCCAUGAACUCGAGAAGCAACUACCGCAGCACCAGAACUUCUCUUUUUGAUGGCAUUGAGGAGGGCAGAAUCCGUGCAACAUCCUAUUCUUCACAUGAGAUAGAUGAGAAUGAGAAUGAUCAAGCUAUUGAUGGAUUGCAGGAUCGAGUCAGCAUUCUCAAGCGGUUGUCUGGUGAUAUCCAUGAAGAGGUGGAAACUCAUAACCGUAUGCUAGACCGAAUGGGCAAUGAUAUGGAUUCGUCAAGGGGUUUUCUGUCUGGAACAGUGGACAAGUUCAAGAUGGUUUUUGAGACCAAAUCAAGUCGGAGGAUGGGAACCCUCGUAGCAUCAUUCGUUGCGCUUUUUCUGCUGGUAUACUACUUGACCAGGUAGAAGAGGACCAUGCAUCACUUGCCUACUGUUGUGAAGCGAUGUGAACUGGGUUGGGUACUCAAGAACACGCUGAAAAUGUCUGUGUCAAUUUACCGUGGUGUCGUAUAUACCUCCAAUAUCUCGCUGUCAUAAAGCAAAAUAUGUUGACCAGAAUGUUUCUAACUCUGCACUGUGUGAGGAUUACAACAUGUUCGUCGUUUGCUCUGGUGCUGUAAUUACCUUUACAGAAAAUGUUUCCUGCUGUGUUCUGUAACAUCUGUUUCUGUAUGCGGUCAUGCUAUCUGUAUUAUAUUAUAACUUCACAAGAGAUUGUACUUUGGAGUCUUAAUUGCCAUAUAUAAGACGCUAUUAGUAUGUGGUUAA